CUGACCUCGUGCUCCUGCAGUGCGCAGCUGCCACUGCCACUGCCGUUACGAGCACACAACGUUAGCCUGCAGGGAGGGUUCGGAUGGGUCUGUUACCAAUACUUAUCGGUCUGGUCGUACUCCAGGUGACCUGGCUAGGAUUCAGUGAUGGAGCUGCCCUGUCCACAAUCCAAUACCAUAGACCUCAUGGCCCCGUUGCUGGGGCCCGAGUCGGGGCAGCAGCAAGUGGCGGUAUACCCCCCGUAAAACCACUGCCCAGAAAAAGUGGACCUACAUCUACGCCCGCCACUGCAAAAGCCCCAACUCCAACAGCAUCGACGACAGCGACAGCUUCCGCCUCGGCUAAAGCACAGGCGUCAGUAGGGAAAGAAGACCGGUAUCUUCACUCCUUAACGAAGAUCACGACAUUCAUGGUAAAACUGAACUCGUUCUUGGAACUCACCAUCGGUUCCAUAACCAAACAACUAACCGAUCUCACGAGCCAAAUGGCAGAAGUACGUGGCAGCCUGGAAAAUUUAGUGAACAAUACCAAUACACAACCGUCCAUUCCAUCCAUUCCACCACCCGUGCCCGUUCUACCUGUGUUAAACCCGCCAACCACACCCAAGCCCAUACCACCACCGCCGCCGCCGCAACCGAAAGCCAAACCAGUACAGCGUCCUACACCCCGCCCCGCGCCCCGCCCUGCCCCCAAACCCAUAAGACCGACUCCAGUGAGGCAACCCAUCCAACGUUAUAUGCCAUCUUACCCGAUUCAGUACAAACCCGCAGUGGUUCCGGCUGCUAGGAAACCAGCAAUUACACAGCAACGACGUGUGGAUUACUACCCUGGAUCACGUGAUAAGAGCUUAAGGUGGCCUGGAAAUAAUGAAUUCCAUCCCUGGUGGAAGAAUUGGUGGAGUAGCAAUUUUCAGGGGUUCUACCCAGAAACUUCCGGGGACACGUCAUCAGCAGGGUCUUUCGGAUCUAGGAGAUCACAGUUUGGGUCCACGAAUCAACUUGGAUCACAGUUCGGUGGCCAGUCCUCUUUUGGAGACACGUCACAGUUCGGCGCUACUUCCCAAUUUGGAGGUGUGCCUCAGUAUAGUGGGUCAAAGUUCGGCGCUACAUCCCAAUUUGGAAGUGUGCCCCGGUAUGGUGGGUCACAGUUCGGCAGUUUCGGCUCCUAUCCUGGUGGUUCUGCGGCUGCUUGGAUGGCAGCAAGCCAGAAGUCCCGGGAGCCCGGAGAGACAGAAGGGAAGGGGAGAAGUACUGCAGGGGGCACUGCAGCCGAAUACUGAUAGAUUCACACAGGGAUUCUCUGCCGCCUCCAUAGCGUGGUUCCAGAAAACGAUACGUUUCCGAGUGGCGAAAUUUCGUAUUUGAACAGUUCACGUUUUGUUGUCACCGCAUUCAUGCUGUUUGUAAAAGUAUAGGAAUGGACAACUAGUAAACCUUAAUAUUAACAAAUUGUACUACUUAGUUAUUGCCGUGCGUCACUUCAGCACGAAAGGGAUCAUUUUUAACAUCAGUAGAAGCACGGUUCAUGUGUAUAGUACAUAGGCGGAUCCAGGGUAGGGGUGGGGUGGGAUGGUGGAUCUUGUUCAGGGGGUCUAGGGAUUUUCAUAUUUUAGACCCGUUCGUCCCUUUUUAAAAUGCUGGAUCCGCCCUUGUAGCCCAAGACCAUUCUGUGCAUAACGUUCGAGAUGCACCAACCGACUCUUAAAGGUUGACACUGACUUGCAAUAUAGUGAGAUCUUCCAGUAUCAGGGCCGGCGUAGUAAUUAACUUAGUGGUUAUAACGUUAACGUUCUCUCGUCACGCCGAAAGCCCGGGUUCGACUCCCCACAUGGACACAAUUUGUGGAGCCAAUGGUGUCCCCCGUUGUUAUUGCUGGAAUUUUGCUAAAAACGACGUAAGACCCAACUCAUUCACUCCUCCAGUAACAAAAGCGAUCGUGGCGAGUCACCUUGAGGACAAUGCACUUAUCCAUUUAAUGUGUACUUUUGACCAAUCUCAUUAAAAUCAGAUCUUAAUGGAAUGACUGACAUGAAGUCGACAUUAGCCAAUCAGAGGACAGUUUUCUCAUGCUUUACGGCACUAAUUACAAAUUGGCGACUACGCUUCGAAACAUAUUUUGACAAAUUCUCGAUUUAAAAUUUGGAACCUGAACAAAAGAACAUUCUGGAAUGGCUAAUAUAUGGUCUAGAGUGUCUAGAGUGUAUGGAGUGUAUUAAGACCGUAACUAUCGUUCGGAAUACCCCGUGUUAAAGUUUUCGAGGUUGCAUGAUUAGAAAUCACAUUCCGACUGUCACUUUCACGAGCUGGUAAGCGACGCUCUGAUUGGUCGGAUGAAAGGUUGUUCUGACAUGACCCCUAAUGGGAUGUCCUCAGAUCUUUGUUUAGCAGUAGCCAGAACUAAAAUCUGAUUUUAAUGAGAUUUACUUUUGACAUUAGCAAUAUCCCAACAAACCACAUAACACAGAAUAUGUUUUACUCACUCACUCAAGUAGUGACAGUGACGUACAGGUUUUCAUGGUGUAGUCACGUUCCAGGAAUGAUAUACACGGCAUAUAUAGGGAAAUAAAACGUUUCAGGAUAAA